AAGCCGAGAUCACAGCUGUUUUCGUGCCCUAAACAAAAGCCCUUUUUCCAGCAAUACACAGUAUCGCUACCGUUUUCGAAGCGUUCCCUUCAUUUCAGUUAAGCUUUGUUUAAUUUUUCGGCCCCACUCUAGCAGCAAAAUCAUUAUCCCUACCACCGAUACGAUACAUUGUUCUAGCGGGAGCUGUGCAAACAACCAAGUACUCUAGUGGUCUAGUUGGUCAAACAACACGAGUGCAACCUCAUAUUGUGCCGGUGCAACACAUUCCAGCCGGACGGAGUACAUAAGAACCACGCAAUCUCUACCGGAAUCUCACAGUCUCGCCGGCACGUGUCUUGAUCUUGGAAAGAUGAUAUCCGCCCGGGCGCUGCAUUAUGUGUUUAAAAUUGGUAACCGCGCGAAGAACAUUCACUUCUUUCGCGAAAUACUUGGCAUGAAGGUUCUUCGUCACGAAGAGUUUACGCAAGGCUGUGAUGCUGCUUGCAAUGGACCGUACGAUAAUCGAUGGAGCAAAACGAUGAUCGGUUACGGACCGGAAGCGUCCCAUUUCGUGAUCGAGCUAACGUACAACUACGGUGUAAAGGAGUACGCACUGGGAAAUGAUUUUGCUGGGCUAACGAUUGCGUCGCCGGACAUUGUAGAGCGUGCCCGUGCGCAAGGUUAUCCGGUAGAGCAGGGAGCAACUGGACAACCGUCGCUGCUCCGUUCACCGGACGGUUACCGGGUGUUUGUGGUACCGGACGCACCCGCACCGGAUACCGAUCCGGUACAGCGUGUCGCACUGAAUGUGACGGAUCUGGCCGUAUCCCGUCGCUACUGGGAAGACACACUGGCGAUGGUACCGGUCGGAACGGAUACAGCCCCUGGUCGUGCGCAUCUUUCGUACGACGGGGGUAAGUUUGUGCUGGAGUUACGUCAACUUGACGCCGGCCAGAAGCUGGACCGUGCGAAAGCGUACGGACGGAUUGCGUUCGCCGUACCGUACGAUGUGCAGCCACGGAUCGAUGAGCUGAUACGGCGGGCGGACGGUACGAUUCUGACGCCCCUCAUCACACUCGACACACCCGGCAAGGCGACGGUCCGCGUGAUCAUACUGGCCGAUCCGGACGGGCAUGAAAUUUGCUUCGUCGACGAGGAAGGGUUUAGCGCACUGUCCGCACUGGAUCCGGAAAGCAAUGCGGCACUGAACAAGUACAUCGCCAAGGAUCCAUUCCAGGAGCAGUGAGCAUCAUGCGACCAUCACAUUCCGCCACUUAAACAAAUCAUCAGCACCAGGCCUUACGGAACGUUACAUUCGCGUCGAUAAAUAAUGAAUUCGUUAAUAUGUCGUUGAAUCGUUACGGAGGGAGGGGGUUAACAGGCAAUUUGUUGGUAAUAAACGAAGCAUUACAGAUCGUAACAUCUAGUGUUCUAGUGGUUCGCGAUUACGAGUGCAAAUUGCAUUCGUCUGAACACAAUUAUCAUUAAAUGAAAUGAUGUACAAAAAAAAAGAAAAAACAGCAUAAUCUUCCUCUAUUGCACCAACGUUUAUUAUCUCACGCAAAAAGGAAGGUCAUCAUGAUCGGUUGUGCAAGUGUUUACGUGCGGUUGGAAUGUGUCGCAUCAUUCCACACGCGAAACGAGACAGACUGCGUGCAUUUUUAGCUGUGCUAGUUCUAUUUUUUUUUCUCACACAAAUCGUGCGUGCGUGUCGUUUCGUACCGGUGAUUUGAUUGAAAAAAAGACAAAUCUAAUGAGUACCGUCGCAGUCAAUAGCCGGACACGGAUUGGCAAUUCGCAUUAGUUACCGAUCGACAGUGCGUUGGUGCAGUUCGAAUUUUAUUUUGCGUGUAACGCACCUAGCUUCCCGAUUCUAGUGGGAUUAUCUAACCUCUAGAGGAGAGGCUGAUAAGUUCCCCGUCUUUUUGUUUUGUAUGCGAACGGAAGUUAACGUUUGAAAGUGCAUUAUUACGCAGGUCGCACUGGUUGCUGUGACGAGCGCUGAUGUGCGAAUAUUAAUUAAAGCUACACUCGAAACGCUGAAGUGGGUGAACAAACACAGCCAGGCUGCACGUGCAUUACGAGACAACGAUCAAUACGCGGGCAAUACUCGUCACCACCAUCAGCUCAACUCCUAUAACCGCUUCCUGAUUACCUCAUUAUCUCACUAUCAACUAGAGUAGGUCUAUAGACCUGUCUGCAGCGUAUCUUUUCUGUAUAGCGCCCCUACCAACUGCCUUGAUAUAUCAUCAUGCCCUGCAGAACGUGCGGCAAAGACUGCAAGUGUUUGCGCAUGAUGAGUAAGCGCAGUUGUGGCGGCCGACCGUGCGAUUCCGACUGCACAUGCAGCUGUAACAGCAGCUCGAGUCGGUGCAGCAGCACGACGCAGGUUACAACCGAAAGACGGCAGGACGAGGCAGGACAGCUGCAAACCGGCCAGGGAGGAUGUGGAUGUACCGGUGGUGCUAAGCUCAACGAGGAUGGUACGAGCGCGACGGUUGGCUGUGGUGAUUCCUGCUCCUGUUAGAGGCUGGCUGCGUGCCGCUACAUUAGAUCUGGAAGAAUAAAUUUUUUUGGGAUUGCCUUUUCUUUAUCUUCACAUCGAA